AUGAGCACAAAUAGGAAUCUCAAGGAGCCAAUUAUUGGGCACGAUGCCGAUGCUACAGAUACCAAUGAUCUCCGUCGCUUCUUAGGAGCAAAUCCAACGAUCCGAGAUUUGAACGACAGAGGUAUUUUAACCAUAAAAGAGAUAUCCGAUAGCGAUGAACACGUUUUCAAUGCCAGUAGCCUCGACACAGUACCCGACUUCCAAUAUGCUGCAAGUAUUCUUGACUGGAGUGGAUUGGCAACGAUUGCCAACCAAUCCUUUGCGGGUUGCGAAAUAUGUGAGGGAGACUUUCACGCGAGCUCAAGAGAAUUCAAAAGAAUAUUUGCGGACUCCAUUGCCAGUACCGGGCGAGCUUCUGUUGCUCUACAAGCUAUCUACAGCGUUUUCAUUCAGAGUAUCCACGACCAACUGCUUGAAUUUCUCUCGAUCCCAAUGACAGCCGAAGUGCUUCGCACUCAACUCAAUAUCAUUCCAAUUCGCCGUGUCGGUCUUGUCGCUGUUGCCAUAAUUGUUACAAUCAACACAAUAUGCAUUCUCGUUCUCACAGUUUUAUACAUUUUGUUUGUUCGCUACUCGGUAGUAGGUAGCUUCUGGCACGCCAUCUCGCAGGUCGCUUCAGUUACAAGCUCCGCUGUUUUGUAUCACGCCAAUCAGAAAAACGACCAUCACGUCUCUAACUAUCUCGGCAAUGAUGAUCGUCUCGUACGGCUUGUGAGAUCCGACGAUACUGGCAUUGUCCGUAUCGUCGAGGCGAAAUAG